AUGGCGAUUGCGGUGUCUCAAAUCAGAAAGGUCGCCGCGGCGGUAGCGGACGAGCAAUGGGGCGACGACCCUCCGCCGCUGAACUCUUUCUUACCUCCUUACGCUCCGCCUCCCACCCCCGCGCUAACGUCCGGAUCGGUAUUUUCUCCCAGAAUACCGCAACGAAGCGUCCCGCCUCCGCUCAUGUCGGAACUCGCGUUCUCUCCUCGCUCCCGCAACUCCGGCGGUUUCCCUCCGGCGUUCCUCGAAACGCAGUCAACCGCGGCGAGCUCCGUCAAGACCGCUCCGAACUCCGAAGAACCGCAAUCGGAGCGCCCGCUUCUCCUGCUCCGACCAGAUCCUAACGACGCGGAGCAGAUGAACGAGGACCGGCAACUGUGCGACAAGGUGCGAGCAAUGCAGCUCCAGCGAUUUCUCGACGACUGCCUUGCGAGCGCCGUCGCGUCGCAGACGCCAAUCGUCGGUGGCAUAUCGCACCCCGCUCCGCUUCUCCCGGGUCUCCCUCCUGUCGCCUUCAGCACGUCCAGCUGUAACAGCGAACCGUCGGAUGGCAGCCGCGUGUCGCUCCAAUCGCCGUCGCUGUCGCACGCGCCGUCGCACGCGCCGUCGCAGUCGCACUCACAAGCGUCGCCCAGGGAGAAGCAGAAGCAGGGUGGCGAUUCUUGGCCGGUUUCGCCACGUCACGCGCACGGCGAGUCGCUCAUGGAUCAGGUCGACGAAGAUUGGAUUCGAGCACAGGCCGCGAAACAAUCCCGUGCAUCUUCCGCCGCAGCAGAUGGCGACAAAAACUACGCUGCUGGUGGGGAAACCGAAGCGAAUGGAACGGCCAGGGAGAAAGAAGAGAGCAUAGCAUGUCAAUCGACGUGUCAAAAGAAGGAAGUUUCCGGGAAUCUCACGCACGAGAGGCCUAACCAUGGCAGCCGGGCGAGCAGCGUGAGUAGCGGAGGAGUCGGAGCAAUAGACUGGGUAGCAGGCAGCAGUAUGAACGCGUCUAGCAACAAGUCUUCCCCCGGACUCCCCGCGGAUGACUCCCCGCAUCCCGCCAUUCCCCCCUCCGCCCCCGCCUCCGCCCUCUAUUGCGAAAAGCCCUCCGCGCCCCCCGCGUUCGCCUUCCCCCAGGCGCAGCCUCCCCCAGGAAACGCCGCUGGUGAGUUUAAACCGCUCCGCCCACCCCCCGGCGCGUAUAGGCGGUCGGUUUCGAUGGCUGACGUGGACAAAGGGAAGAGUUACGUGUUAAGCGCUAGGGUAACUGAGCGACAAAGCUCGCUGAAAAUGUCGUCGUCAUCGGUUGAAUUUCCAACCCUGAGGCGUUUCGCAGACCUCGCAGGUGACACAGGCGACGUCGCGAGGCCCGAAGACGUGAUCUGGAAGAAUCUUAUCGCGUCCGCUCAGGUACACAAUCGCGAGCUUUCCGGGCUCCGCGAGGCGUCUUGUAACGCAAACGAGCGGGUCAGAACCGGCAACAGCGAGUGUGACAGUACCGAAAGUCUAGGCUCGUCGAGCGUGAAACGGAAACCAGUCACGGUGCUCGAAGGUUUAGAGGAGGUGGAGGAAGAGGGGAAUGCUCUCCAGGUGACCCCCCGAGAGGAAGCUUCGCGCGAGAUAACGCCUCGACCUUCCACUGCUCGAGAGGAAACUUCGCGAGAAGUUACGCCUCGUCCUUCCACUGCUGCUACUGACGUCGCCUCAACCCCAACAACCGACGUUCCUUGGACUCCUACCUUUGAACGAGACGGGUCCAUGCCGCCUUCCACGCCGCAAUCGGCGGCGGAGGCCGCGGCGGAGAGGGCCGCGCGGAAGGCGGCGCAGGGGUCGUGCAUUCCGCCGAGGGCGGCGCAGUCCCCACGGCGGCGCAACAGCGGGUUGUUCCGCAAGCAGGGCUCCGGAAGGCUUGAUGGGCCGCAGAGACAGGGCUCCGGGAGGGGGCUGGAUGGGCCACAGAGACAGGGGUCGGGGAGGGGGCUGGCGGGACUGGCUUCCGCGGCAGCGGGCGCAGCAGCGGGGGCAGGCGCGGGGGGGGGUAGGAGGAGCAUAUCGCGCAUGUCUUCCGUUAAGAAAUGGCGGGUGCUAAACGCGCUGGUUAAGCAGAUGAACGUUGACGAUGCGGAAAACGAGGGUGCUGACGGCGGGAACGGCGGCGGCGACGGCGGUGGCGGGGGCGGGGGCGGGGGCGGUUUCACGGCGACGGAAACGCAUUCCGGGGCGAUUAAGUCUGAGUCGGAUAAGAGCGGGUGGGGCGCGCCAAGCUUUUCAGGAAUGAGCGUUGGCGGGGAUACGGAGGGCGGAGGGGGCGGGCAGACGGAGGAGUUCAGCGUUCCCUGGAGUUUCGGCAGUAUGGGGGAUGUAGAGCGGUUCAAUAACACUGCAGGGGGCGGGUUCGCGGAUUAUAGCGUGGCGGCGGCUAGCGUGUGCCAGGUUUCCCCGGCGAUUUUUGAGGCGCACUUGCAUUUGGCGGAGACAAUGGCUAGGGAGGAGAUGGAGAGGCAGCAGCAGCAGCAGCAGGGGCAGCAGGGGCGGCAUGGCAAGGGGCCAAGAACCCCGAGAACGCCGAGGUGCUUCCCUAUCCCAAACCGGCGUUCCUCAUCUUCACCGCCUCAAACUCCUCCCAACCCCCCACAUCCUCUCCCUUACACUCCCUUCCUGUUUAUUCCUCGUUCUCUCCCUCUCUUCCUCGCUCUGACAGGGUAUGGGCUUCCGCAGCAACUCGCGCAGCAGCUCCCGCCGCCACCAAAAGAGCACCUGGGACCCCCAUCAUGUGUCAGUGCGAGCAGCCAAGGUCAAGCGAGCCAUUGGUCACGUGUUUCGGAAAAUCACUGCCAAGCCACUUGGUUUUCUGCGCAAACUCAAUCCCGCGUGCCGGACUACAUGAAUUCUUUAGUGGGUCAGCGUUGCUUUCGCCUCCACAACACGCACUGGAUGAUUGGAGGUUAUAUACAGCGGCUUCUGAAAAAGGCGAAAUAG